UGCAAGUGCACCUGAAAUUAGAAAUCUUUGGAAUAAUCGAUCAAAUAUGCCUAAUAUUUCUAGCAGGACUACUUUAGGCGAUCUUACUGAAGCAUAUUUCGAUUCUGUGCGGACAAAUGCAGGAAGAAAAUAG